UUUGAUAGGCGUAGCGUUAGCAGAGUAGCAGUCUCAUUCUCCAUCUAAAACUCUGGGAGUUGAUUUCUUUUGAUAUAAAUACAAUGGCCCAAUCAAAUCCCCACACGAUCUUCUCCCCAUUAAAAAUCCCGAUAUUCUCUCUGUAACUCAUCCCACCAUUAAAACCCUUCACAAUUCACAAAAACCCUUCAUACUUCUUCUUCUUCUUCUUCUCCUCCUCUCAUCUCUCUCUGUCGCCAUCAUCAAUCCCUCAUUCUCCCUCUUUCUAACAUGGAGCAGAAUGGUAACGGCUACUACUCUUCAUCCUCACCAUUUGAGUCUUCCGUUUCUCAUACAAGAAACGCCUCUUUCCGCCACCUUAAUCAGCGCCAUCUGCUCCCCCAAACUUCCUCGCAAAACCCUAAUGAAGACAACAUUGAAUAUUUAUUUUCUCAACUCAGUGUCUCUCAGCAUAACGGCGAACCUUCCUAUCCGGCUGCUUAUGGUGAUAGCUCUGUUGGUUCACAUCUUUAUCGUCCCCAUGUGGGUGGACAGACGUUUUCGGUUCAAGAAAUGGGACAAAAUCAGCAGAACAAUGGUGUAAAUUCUUGUCUGUCUAUGGGGUUGCAAGAUUAUUUGAGUUAUCCAGAUAUGCUUGGCUCUAAUAUUGAUUUUAGGAAUAGUUUUAUAUCCAAUGUCAACGAACUCCCAUGGGCUGAUUCUAGUGGAUUUUCAAACGGUUCGAUGACGGACUGCUGGCUGUCGAAAAUCAGGAAUUCUCAUUCGUCUGCUUUGUAUAAUGAGAGGCCUCAUUGGCUACAAGAACCUUCCAAUUACUUGCCUUUGGGCGAUUUGAGAGGUAUGAUUUUGAGAUUGGCAAAGGAUCAAAAUGGUUGUAGAUUGUUACAAAGCGUCCUCGGGAGAGGAGCAAAGGUGGGAAUUGGCAUUGUGUUCUUCGAGGUGAUAGACUAUGUAGGUGAAUUGAUGGUGGACCCAUUUGGGAAUUAUGUUAUACAAAAGCUCGUGCAGGUGUGUAGCGAGGAACAGAGGAGUCAGAUUCUUCUAAGAGUGACUAGAAGCGAAUUUCAACUUGUUAGGAUUUGUCUUGACACUCAUGGAACUCGCGCUGUACAGAAGCUGUUGGAAACUAUUACCUCCCAACAGCAAAUAUCCGUAUUUAUGUCAGCAAUAAGCCCCAGUGCAGUUGUACUGGCGAAGAACAUCAAUGGUCAUCAUGUAAUCAAACAUUGCUUACGGUAUUUCUCUAUUGAAAACAAUAAGUAUCUUCUGAAUGUGGUGGCAGACAACUGCUUUGAAAUUGCAAUAGAUAAAAGUGGAUGCUGUGUGCUUCAACUGUGUGUUGAUAACUCUAGAGGGGAAGCUAGAGAUCGUCUGAUAUCUGAGAUAACAGCAAACGCAUUACUCUUGGCAGAAGAUCCUUAUGGCAACUAUGUAGUACAGCAUAUAUUGGCAUUGAAGUUUCCGCGGAUCACAGCAAAUCUUCUUAAACAACUUCAAGGGAGUUUCAUUGUUCUUGCCUGCAACAAGUAUGGCAGCAAUGUUGUGGAGAAGUGCUUGAUUGAGUCAAAUAAGGAGCAAUUUGCCCAAAUUAUUUGGGAGUUGCUCAGGAGCUCAAAUGCUUCCAUGCUCCUCGUGGAUUCUUUUGGAAACUAUGUCGUCCAGUCUGCAAUAUCAAAAUCUGAGGGCCCAGCCUUUGUAGCGUUGCUAGAACUGAUUCAGAUGAACGUUCCAAGAAUGCGCAACAACAUUUAUGGCAGAAAGAUUCUUUUAAAGCUCAGGGAGAGGGGGAUACAUUUUUGAACACGUACAAUUUUAGUUAGUACCUUAAUUAAAAGAAUUGUAGGAGAGUGAUUUUGUUGUUUAACAUUAGAUGUUGUUGAGUUUGGUUCUUAUCUGUCCUUGUAUGCUUGAGCAGGUGUGUGUAGUUUGUUACUUAAAUAAUUUUGAGAUGUGGAAGGAUGUAGCUUUGGAACAAAGGGGAUUAUAUAAGUGAUGGACAUGUCAUCUGUCUCCAUCUCCUCAUUAGGAUAUCUAGUUUUAUUAUUAUUUUUUUGUAGCUUCCCCAAAGGGAUUAGAAACAGAUCAUUACAAGGGAGUUUUAACUGUAUAUUAUUUUAUUUACUAAAUCAUUUUGGCCA